GCAGCAGCAACAGCAGCUGCAACAGCAACACUAUCAUAACUACAGCGGCAAUAGCAACAAUUACAAAAUGCAUUUAACUACCACAUCGAGCAAUUCAACGGCAUCUAAUGCCAACAAUAAUAACAACAACAACACCACCAACAACAACAACACAAGCAGCAACAACAACAACAACACGAGCAACACAAAUGGCAGCAGCAACAACACGAGCGGCAACAACAACAGCAACAACAACAACAACAGUAGUGGCAACAACAACAGCAACACAGAUCAAAAUACACCACCAACACCUGCGCAACUGUUGAACGAAGCGUACACGAAGAUGACCUCUGACAUUCUGGCAGAACGCACACUGGGCGACUUCCUCACCGAACAUCCAGGCGAGCUGAUCCGCACGAGCAGUCCGCUCUUCGUCUGCACAGUCUUGCCGCCCCAUUGGCGCAGCAACAAGACGCUGCCGGUGGCCUUCAAGGUCGUCUCGCUGGGCGACAUCAUGGACGGAACGAUGGUCACCGUGCGGGCGGGCAACGAUGAGAACUACUGUGCGGAGCUGCGCAACUGCACGGCGGUGAUGAAGAACCAGGUGGCCAAGUUCAACGAUCUGCGGUUCGUCGGUCGGAGUGGCAGAGGGAAAAGCUUCACGCUAACCAUCACCGUGUCAACGAAUCCACCGCACAUAGCCACCUACAACAAGGCGAUCAAAGUGACUGUCGAUGGGCCACGCGAACCCCGCUCCAAGACAAGACAGCAACAGCAGUUCCACUUCGCUUUUGGCCAAAGACCGUUCCACUUUUCCACGGAUCCACUUUCCGGCUUCCGGAUGCCGCCAAUUGGCAAUUGUCAGAGUGCCAGCAACACGCAUUGGGGCUAUGGAUCGGCGGCCUCGGCGUAUUCGCCUUACUUGGCCAGCAGCGGAUUAUCGUCCUGCACCACGCCCACUUCCGCCCAGUUCAACAAUCCAGCCCUGGGCUUCACCUGCUCCUCGAACGAUCAGAGCAACAACCAGGACUUUGGCGGAGCCACCAAUCGCGACUGUGUGCCCAUGCUGCCCGACUCGACGGCCAGCGAUCUGGACCAGCACCUGAGCAGCCUGGUGGGCUCCACCAGUGGCCAGAUGACGCACCACAGCCUCCUUGGCGCCGGCGGCCAGACCUCCAUCUCGUCGACGGUGAACGGGGGGCGAGUGGGGCGGGCGCCGGGGCAGGGCGCCGGCGGCGGUGCGGGCAGCGGUGGUGGUGCCGGCGGCGGUGCGGGCGGCAACUCCAUCCUGGUGCCGCGAUACCACACCAACGCGAGCAACGAGUACAACGUUCACUCCAGCCAAAAUGGACCGCGCAGCCUGAGCGACAGUUCGCAGGCGGAAUCACCUGUGCAGGAGGACCUGCUGACCACCAACACCCCGAAUCUGGGCAGCACGGCGGGCGGUGGUGCGGCCAAUGGUGGGGCAGCGAAUGCGGGCAGUGGGGCGGCCGGCGGGAGUGCGGGGGGCAGUGCCUCCUCGGCGGUGGGCAACCCCUCGAUGCUGGGCGCCAACCAGAACUUCCCGGGCAUCGUCAAUCAGGCUCAGCACUCGGCCGCCUCGGCCUACGGCGGUGGAUCCGGGGUGGUGGGCGGUGGGCAUGGCAGUGCCGCUGCCGCCGCCGCCGGAUGCAAUGGCUCGCUGUAUCCCGUGCUGCCGGCCAGCCUGCUCUACUCCCAGCUGUACACCGCCGCCAAUCAAUCCGCCCACGGAUUCCAUUCGCACACCCUGCCCGCCCACGCCUCGCCCAAUUCCUCGGUUCAUGGGGAGCUGCAGAGCGUGAUGGAUCACAUCAGCAAUGUGGGGGUGCGGCAGCAGCACAACAUCAUGGCCGGCGGCGGGGUGACCCAUCCGGGUGACCUCACCCUGAUCGGCAACUGCGGCGCCUCGGUGCGGAACAUCGAGGACGGGAACAGCAACCGGCAGGUGGCCGCCUUAGCUGCCCAUCGCGGCCACCACAAUCCCACCGACAACGGGGGCAGCGUUUGGAGGCCCUAUUGA